AUGCCUUCAGUCAUCUUAUCCCAAUUUACAGCACCUCUUUCUAGCGCCAUAACACUUCGAACUUGGUGCACUUGUCUACACCGCCCACUACAGCAGACGUCUUAUCCACCACCAUCAUGCCGUCCUUCGAUGCCUGUCUCCAAGUUUCCAGCCUCUGGCACUCCAUAUAUUGAGAAGCUCGCUAAGGUGGUCGUGGUUGUAAUGGAGUUCCUAGAGCUUCGUAUGCCACAAAGAGGAAAGAACAAGAAGGAUAUCAAAGAGCUCUGCGAGGGCAUCGCAAACACGGUCGUUGUUAUCAACACCAUGUUGAAGAGCUCAGCCCAAAACUUGAAGAGAAAAACCGAGGGCAAGCACAGUGGUAUUGAGGGAUUCUUCAAUACCAAGGAGUCCCGAGACGCUAUUCAGGAUUAUAGAAUUCGCGUGGACAACUUGAAGACCAACUUUUUGGGACUCUCUUGCGUUAUGCUUUCUGGGCGGAGAUAUUCUGACAAUGAUAUUCUGCAGAUCCACGUAAUGGGAAACUGUCUGUUGGUGCUCGUCGAGCUUCGGCACACCCAGCGAGAUCUGAUGCAUCCUAUGGCUAAAGUCCGGAUCAUAGAGGACGCAGCACCGAACGAUUCGUGA